AGCUGUGAUUGUAUAAAAGGAUCUGAAGAACUGAUGGAUGAUGCUUCAAGGUUUUUAUAUAGUUUGUCAAAAAAGUGCAAAGUACUAUGACAAGAAUUCCUAUCCGAAGGAGUCACGAGUAAAGUGACGUUCAUCUUUGAUUUAUUCUGUCUUGUAAAGUUGUCAUGUUGGUCUGUUUAAAAACCUUCACACCUGACUCUGCAUGACAACAAAAUAUUUCAGCACAGUUAAACGGCUACAAUCCUUAGCAACGAUAAAGUCUGAAGGACAGCUUCUUUGACAGACAUCAAUGAGUUCUGACACUUCAUGGGUGUGUCAGAUAAAACUAAGUCAGAAUGAUUCACAUGCAUCCUGAUUAUACCUCCUCCGCCCCAUCGUGGAAUGCUAAGCAACCCACAGACAACAAAAAAAACCUGUUGUGAACAAAAAAUACAGUGUGUGUGUGCGUGUAUUUAAAGCUGGGCGUGGUAACUUGGCCACCUCCCUCACACCGCCAACCUCACCUGAGCCGGCAGCUUCGUAGCAGUCGACUGGGAACCGACAUGCACUGACAUUGUCUGGAUCAGAGACACAAUUCAGAGACAUUACAUGAAUGCAGCUUCAAAGACCUCAAACAUUUAACUAUGAGUGAACACUACGGAGAGAGCUACUAUGGGUCCUCACCCCCAGACCUGAGGUUGAUUCUUUUGGGGAACAUCGGAUGUGGAAAGACGUCCUCAGCAGACACUAUCCUGGGCCAGCUGUCCGCCGUCAGCCCCAGUGCUGCUAGGAGCUGCCAGCUGCGACAGGGCUUCUCUGAGGGCAAGAAUGUGACCCUGGUGGAGGCACCAAGAUGGUACUGGAACGGUGGCAAGAUGGAGGACAACGUCAAGAAGGAGACAGAGCGGGCAGUGACUCUCAUAGCUCCAGGUCCACACGCUAUUCUACUGCUAGUACCUGUUAGCCAGUUCACAGAGAUGGAGGGACGUGUCCCUGCAGUGUUGGCGGAGGUGUUUGGUGAAGAGGUACUGGAUCACACUCUGGUCUUGCUGACCUGCGGGGACUACCUGAUGGGAAGAACAGUGGAGGAAUACCUGCAAAAAGAACACCCUGGCCUGAGGCAGAUGAUCGAGUGUUGUGGGGGAAGGUACCACGUCAUCAAUAAUCGUCAGCGGCAGGAUAGGGAGCAGGUCCAGGAACUGCUUAGCAAGGUAGACAACAUGGUGCAGAAAAAUGGGGUGUACUACAUGAAAACAACCCAGGAGAGAGACCUGGAAAAACGGGUGAAAGACCGAAAAAGAGAACUUAUGGAAAGUUACCAAGCUCAAAAAGAAGAAAAGAGAAAGACUUUCUUAUCUACAAGCAUCCCAAACACAGAAAUGCUCGAUAGAGAAGAGGAGCACAUCAGCUACUUGGAGAGCAAGAGAAGAAGAGAAGAAAUGGAGAGGAGAAGAGAAGAAAGAGAAGAAAUGGAGAGAAGAAGACAAGAAAGAGAAGAAAUGGAGAGAAGAGAAGAAAUGGAGAGAAGAAGACAAGAAAGAGAAGAAAUGGAGAGAAGAGAAGAAAGAGAAGAAAUGGAGAGAAGAAGACAAGAAAUGGAGAGGAGAAGAGAAGAAAGAGAAGAAAUGGAGAGGAGAAGAGAAGAAAUUCAGAGGAGAAGAGAAGAAAGAGAAGAAAUGGAGAAGAGAGUGAAUGUGAGCCAGGUCUCUAAUGGGCUUCAUUCAACUCCAGCACCAGAGCAGCAGUUGUACUCGGGGUCGCAGGAUGUCAGGCAGGCAAACAGGACGCCCAGUUUCAGACUGAAUGCAGUUCAUCACAGAAUCAACAGCUUUGAAGAGCGAUCACCUGAGACAUCUCCUACUUCUCCUCAUUCAUCAGUCUUCUCCUCCUCCUCCUCCGCCACCCCUUCAUCUCCAACCUUUACUGCCUCUCCUUCUGUGUUCUCCUCACCCACCUCAUCCCCGUCGUACUCCUCAUCUUACUCCUCCUCCUCCUCCUCUUUUCCGGAGCUUCGUCUGGUGUUGCUUGGGCGAUCUGGAUCGGGGAAGAGUGCAGCUGGCAACACCAUACUAGGGCAGAAGGACUUUGAGUCAUGUCCAGACAGCCUCACAGCGAUCACUCAGGAGUGCGAGAAAAAGAAGGCGCUGGUUGAAGGAAGAAGGGUGGCAGUAGUGGAUACCCCGGACUGGUUCAAUUCAGAAUGCACUCCAGACGAGGUGCGAGCUCAGAUCUCCUCCUGCGUUGCUUUGUCCAGUCCCGGCCCACACGCCUUCCUCAUGUGUGUCCCUGUAGACCAGCCUGCAAAGACCGAGCUGCAGGCACUCAGAGCCCUGGAGACAGUUUUUGGCCCCGAAGCAGUCCAGAAAUAUACUAUGCUCCUCUUUACUUAUGCAGACCGACUGAAGGAAAGCGGGAAGGCGGGAAACGACGAUGUGGAGACGUACAUUGCCAGUCAGCGGGGGGAUUUGUUAAAGCUUGUGGAGAAAUGUGGGGACAGGUUUCAUGUGAUGGAGACUGGAGGCGGCGUGAGGGAGAGGAGGAAUGUGGCCGAGCUGCUAGAGAAGGUGGAGCGGACAGUAAAGGAAGCUGGAGGACAGAGUUAUUCUUCUCCUGCUUUUCAGGAGGCAGAGAACAGAGUGAGGCAGAAACAGGUAGAGCUAGCAAGGGAGAGAAGAGGCAUAAAGGUGGAGCAAGAGAGGGCAGAUGUUGGACAGCUCAGCUCUGAAAGGCGGGUGCUCUAUUCCCAUAUGCAGCCUGUGGCCAACGCAGAAGAGGAAGUGAGAGAGGACGAGAUUGAGAAAACAAGGGAUGAGGCAGAGAUGAGUGUAAAAACCAUGAAUAUCGAGAGCCUUCCUCCUAUUACACUUUCCAGCAUGUCCCCUUCACUUCUUCAGUCCGUAAUGGAGAAAAUGGGGUCUAGUGCGAAGAUGUUACCCAAGCUGUUGGCAGAUGGCUCAGUGUGGGUUGGAGAGGGAGCGAAGAAGAUGAAGAAUAGUCCAGUGUGGGGACAAGUGGGCAGUGGUGCUCAAAAUGUGCAGAAGAUGGUGGUUGAUAGUUCUGUGUGGGGGAAGGUGGGAGCCACUGCAGGACAAGUCUCAAAAGCAGUCGGAGAUAGAGUCCCGAAGGUAGUGGUGGACGGUUCUGCCUGGGUAGGAUCUGGUGUAAAAGCAGCGGCAGCGAGUCCAAUGUGGGAAAAGGUUGGCUCAGGGGCCAAAUCUGGGGCCAAGCUAGUGGCAGACGGUUCCAAGCGUGCUGGAGUGGGGAUUGGAGCCGGGGCAAAGAAUUUGGCGCGGAGUCCUAUGUGGGGAAAAGUGGGUUCUGGGGCCAAAACCGGAGCUAAACUGAUGGCACAAAAUUCAGUGAAAGUUGGAGCUGGAAUUGGUGCUGGUGCAAAGAAGGUGGCACAGAGUCCGGUGUGGGGAAAAGUGGGCUCUGGGGCAAAAGCCGGGGUCACAAUGGUCGCUGAGAGUUCAGUGUGGGAGAAAAUUGGGACGACUGCUAAACAGGUGCCCAAGGUGGUGAUCGGGGGUGCACUGCUGGGUCUGGUGCUUGGUGUGUUUUUGGGUGGAGUGAUUGGCGGAGCUGUCGGGGCAGCGGCCGGAUCUGCAGUAACUGAGGUGGGCAGACGAAAAUUCGGCAACAAAGACACGACAGAAAAGACAAGUGAAGCUGCAAGGAGUGUUGAGAGAGCAUUGAACAACAGUGUUGAUGCAGCGGUAAAACAGGGUGAGAAAGUUUUGAAAACUGAAUGAGGGACUGAACAGAGCUUGUAUUUAAAAAAGCAUAACAAAUGUAAAAACACAUUUCUUGUGAAUUCCUGCUGUCUGAAUAUGCCAUUUAAAAACGAUGGCAAACACUUCCAAAUCUCGGUGGU